AUGAGAGGAUAUUCGUUAGAACAAGAUUUGAAAUUGCUAAUAAAUAAUCCAAAGUAUAGCGAUAUAACAAUUUUAUGUAAAAAUGAAAAAAAUUUAUAUAGUUGUAGAGCUAUUUUAGCAGCAAGAUCCGAAGUAUUUGAUAGAUUACUUUAUAAUGGAAUGAAAGAAAGUUAUGAAGACAAAAUUUCUUUUCCUACGAUAAAUUCUUCCGAAAUGGAAAUUAUAUUAGAAUAUAUUUAUACAGGGUCAGUUAGUAAAAAUUCCAUAACGAAAGAAAAUAUAAUCGAAAUUUAUUGUAUCGCGGAUUAUUUUCAACUGCCAGAACUUCAAAAUUUUAUUACGGAAAUUCUUAAAAAUACUUUGGAAAAUAAUUUUUCAAAUUAUACAAAAAAUUAUUCGCCAGAAUUAUUAUCUAAAGCUGUAGAAGCAAUAAUGUUAUCAGAAACUAACAUUCUUCUAAAUUUAUUGGUUGAAGAAGUUGCAACUAUUCCAUUAAAUAGUAUUGAAUUUGGCCGAUUGUCUAUUACAGCACUUGAAUAUCUUUUAUCUUAUACGUUUGAUAAAGAAAUACCUUUUGUAACCUCAGAAUAUGAAGUUUUUCGAUAUAGUGUUAUUCUAACAGCAAAACAAGUUUCAAGUAACGCAUAUAAAACUCUCAAGAAACAGUUGCCAACUUUAGAACAAAUAGAAAACUCUGCCCAAGUAGAAGUAGAAGAUAAAUUCAUUGUCGAUCAUCAGAAUGUUGUCGACGAGUUGGAAACUUUGGUUAAAUAUAUCGAUUUCAGGCGAAUAAAAGAUCAGAUUUAUAUCAUUGAAUCACUAAAAAUUAUUCCAAGCGAAAUAAUUAUCAGUAGUAAAGAAUUAGAUUUAAAUGAUAUUCGAGGAAUACCAAUCUAUAGAAUUAAUGAAUCUGAUUAUGCUUGGGAUGAGUCAGCAUGUGGAUCAAAACUUACUAUUAUGGAUAACGAAAAAGUUGUAUGUGCGUCAGAUAGUUGUGUUUUACAUCAAAAUGUUAGAGCUAAAAUAAUAUUAGAAAAUAAGGGUAUUUUUGAAUGGGAUAUCAUUAUUAUGAAAGUGUGUUUUUAUGCUUGGGUUGGAGUUUGUGCAUCAGAAAAAUUUGAUUAUGAAACUUUUGCGGGAGGUCAAUCUACUGGAUGGGUAUUAGGUUCUCAUGGUUGUUGUUAUAAUUCUGGAAAUUUGGUAAAAGAUUAUUGUCCACCAUUUGGAGAUGGUACAAAAAUUACAGUUCAUUUAAACAUGAAUAAAAGAACUUGUUCUUUUACAGUAAAUGGUAUAAAGUAUCCGGCAGUAUCAGAAUGGAACAAUUUACCAUCAAAACUUUACCCGAUAGUAUCAGUAAAUCGUUCUGGUUGUUUUCAAAUUCAAUCUCAUCAAAAAAUUUGA